AAACCGACGUCCCAGAUGUCCAAACGCCUCCUCUCAAGACUACGGGCUCGCUCUCGCUCCCCCAUCUACGUCGCCAGCGAGGACGUCUUCCCGACGACGCCCCAAGACGCAGGCGUCGCGACGUUCGGGGAUAAACCUCCGCGCGACCACCUUCCAGUCGAACCGCGAAUCGCGACGGAAGAAGAGGUUGUGUUGACGUCCUCCGCGUCCCGACGGCCACCGCUUCAACCUGCGACGACGUGCGAAGACGCCUGCGAGAUGUCCAGGCCAUUGACGAGCUCUAGGAAACCAGAGCCGAAGAAGCCCAGUAUGGCGGAGAAGAAGAGGUUGCCUGGGUUUCGGCCAAAAUCCAGGGCAGAAGCCAGCAGUUUGGGCUCAAGCAGCAGGUCAGACGGUGGUCGUCUUAGGGGGGACGGUGGUGGAGGAAGCAGCGAUGAUGACACCUUCAACAGAGAGAACCUAGACCUGAGGAUAAAGUUGCAAGAGGAGGCGUCCCUCUAUAAGCGCAGGCUGGACCAAUACAGACAAGCGCAGUCUAAUCAAGCAUCUCUCAUCAGCCGACUACAAGCUAAGGUUCUCCAGUAUAAGAAGAGAUGUUCAGAACUAGAAGCUCAGAUGGCGAACAACAUAUACCCGACUGAUCAGCUGACACCACCCACGAGUCGAUCAGGCAUUAGUGCUCCAGGACCAAGCAGUGCCCUAGAGCAGGCCCAGAUGCAUCUUCGAGAAAGCAGAGAGGAGAGAAUAUCAGAUUUGGAUACUGCUCUUAGACGGCUUGAGGAAGAACGAAGGAGGUGCGAGACCUUGAUGAAACUAAACGGCACUCUCAGGGACCAACUGGAAGAGUCCCACCAGACCAACGAGGCCCUCACUGUCGACCUCCAGAAGCUCACGAACGACUGGGAGGUACUACGCGAAGAGAUGCUGAUCAAGGAAGAAGAGUGGAGGGAAGAGGAGCAGACCUUCAACGACUACUACAGUUCUGAGCACAACAAGCUGCUGAACCUGUGGCGUGACGUGGUGGCCGUGAAGAGGAUGUUCACGGACGUGCAGACGGACACGGAGAGGGACCUGAAGAAGCUGAGGAGCGAGGUCGAGGUGGUGGGGAGAGACGUUGCCUCCGCCUGCGACAGGAUCGAGACCAAGGUGGACUUCAUAUUAUCAAAUCACCUUUUGCAGGACCAAGAGAGGUACCAACAAGAACAGGCUGCUUCCAAACUGAGAGAGGAGAUCGAAGAUCUGAAACUGCAGAACGACUCGUUCAGGGCCGAAAUCGACCUGAAAGAGGAGAGGAUGCAAGAGCUGCUCAAAGACGUGCAGAUGUUGGAAGGACGUUGCACUGACAUGGAUCAGGGCGUGUCGCAAGUGGGCAAGAUGCAGGAGGAGAUCGACAUCCUUCAGAGCGCCCUCAGAGACAUCGCUCACGCCCUUAUCCAGGACGCUGAAGUUGUGGAACCGGAACUGCUGAUGUCUUCGCAUAUUCACCUCAGCGGCUCGACAUCUGUGCCUCAGAAAUCUCCAAAAAGAACGGCUCAUGGCGUGGCGUCUAGUGCUGCUUUCGCUGAAAGUACCAUUUCAGCGGUUCAGGCAGCCUUACACAAGUACCAAUCAUUUAUACACGGACUACAGGUGAAACUCCAAUCAAAUAAGGAGCAACUUGUCCUAGUCCGCAAACAGUACGAGAACUCGGAGGAGAACGUGCAAGAACUAGAGAAGAGGGCUAAGGAACUGGUCGCUCAGCUCGAUGCUAGUCGAGCUCAAUGUUCCCAACUUGCCCAGGAUAGGGAGAUACUCCAGAAGUCCCUGGAGACGGUCAAGCUCGACAAAAACGCAUUGGACAAGACGAGGAUCGAGCUUGGUGCAUCUCUCGAGAACCUCAGCAACGACUAUAAGAAGCUCCAGAAGACGGCCCAAAUCCUCCAAAAAGAGUCGGAGAACCUUCAGGACGAAAAGGUCUUCUUGCAGUCGGAGAUCGACAGACUGAACCAAAACAUCGACCUUGGCGAGAUGAACAUCAGAUCGGAGGAGGACAGAAGCAGCAGACUGAGAGAGGAGCUGUUGACUGUGAGGGAGGAACUUAAUAAGCUCUAUCUCUCUCAUGACAUGCUGGAGCAGCAGAAGCUGGAGGCUGACAUCCUUAUCUCGUCUCUGGAAAAAACCAAAGCCGACUAUGAACUCCAACUAGAUAGGCUGAUGGGAGACAAAUCUGAAGUUCACGAUUCUUUAUUGAAGAAACAAAAUGUAGCGGCAAUACUCGAGGCAGACAAGAACAAGUUACAGGAAGAGCUCAAGAAGAUGCAAGAUGAGAGAACGGCAUUGCAGCUGCAAUGCAACGAUCAUCAGAACGACAUCCAGUCCUUGAGGAAAGAACUCCUUCAGGCAGAACAACAAAGGCUCGAUCUGGAAUCAGAUAGAGUGUCUUUGACGGAGAAGUGCAAGUUCUUGGAGAUGGACAAAGGGAAGAUUGAAAUGGAGUUGAACCAAGUCACGAGGGAGAGGAACGACCUCAGCAAUCAGCUUACGGUUCUUGGAAGAAAAAAGGACGCCGUCAACGAAGAAGUGAUGAGGUUGAAGCAGAAACUGGAACAGGCCAGCGAGACCAACGGCAGGGUCAACAGGAACCUGGAGGAAUUGGUGAAGGAAUGCGAAGAGAAGCAGUGUACCAUGGAUUCCAUGGACAAAGAAAUACAGCGUCUACAGGAGCUGCUGGCCUCUUCGCGAUCGGAGAAGGAAGCCUUAGAAGCCGUCCUUUUCGACACUCAGACCAACCUGGAGGCCUGCGACGUCAAGAAAUCAAACCUGGAGAAGGAGCUCCAGGAGCAGUUGGUCAAGCAGGAGCAGCUCAAGUCUCAGGCCAACCGCCUAGCCAAAGAGCUGGAGAGGUCGGAGAAGAAGUCUCUGGAGAUGAAGACCAGCCUGAGCCAGCAGGCCGGAAACAAAGAGGCCGAGUUCAGACAGAACCUGGAGAGUUUGAAGCAGCAGAACGAGGAGAACGUGAGAAAGCUGACGGAGGAGAGGGAUAAGAUCAGGAGGAACCUGGAGAAGAGGAUGCAGCAGUCUUUGCAACAGUUGGGGAGCGAGAAAGACGCGGAGAUUCAACAGCUUCUGGAUAGGGUGGAGAGUCUGCAGAACCACAUCGAUACGUUGUGUCAGCAGCACGAGGAGUUGAUGCUGAGGGCCGAGAAUGACAAGCAGCAAGCUCUUCUUCUUGCUCACCACGAUCAUCAAGCCCUCCACGAUCGUUACGAAGGAGUUCGUCGCGAACUGGAGGGAGAAAAAGAGACCUUGGAAAGGUUCAAGAGAGAGGCCAACAGUCGUCUGGAACAAGACAGGAUCAACAUCAACCAGCUGAAGGAAGAAUUGAACAAGUACAAGACGAAACUCGAGGAAGCGAAGACCAGGACAGAAGAAGAGAAGAUAAAGCUCGAACAGAGGAUAUCCGAGGUCACUCACGAGAAAGAAGUUUCUGUUGGAGAGGCUGAAAAUCUCAAGAUUCAACUGAAUCUGACCGAAAACAAGUGUAGCACCAUCAACGACCAACUUCACGAGACCAUCCGCAAGUUGAAGGAGGUUGAGAACCAUUCUGACAGCUUGAGGAAGGAACUGACGGACGUUCGAAGACAGUUGGCUGACAGCACUUUCGAAAAAGAGAAGUACCACGCCACCAACAAAGAUCUUAGGGACCACAUCAAGAAGACUGAGAGCGAGAAGAGGGACCAGGCUAGACAGAUUGAGGAAUAUUCCAUCAAGAUAUCAAGCCUCGAAGAAAUGAAAUCCUCCAUCGAAACCGAACGCAACCGCUUCCAAAACCAGGUCAGAGACCUGGAGAAAGAACUGACCCAGUCCGACCACAGCAUCCAGAGUCUGAAAGACGAGAUCCAAAAAGCUCAGACGGCAGGCAACCAACAGCAGGCCGAAGAGAAGGAGCUGCAAGCCAGGCUCCUGAACGAGAUGGAGGAACGAGAGAGGUCGCACCAGGAGGUCCUCCAGCUGAGGAAGCAGAUAUCGGAGCUGGAGAGGAACCUGGAGCACUGCCGGCAAGAGCUGAACAGGUCGUUGGCGCACACUGGUCACUUGGAGGAGCAGUGGCACGCCAGGGAGCAAGAUUUACUAGUGCAUCUGGAGGAUAGUAGAGCUAGGGAGAAGAGGCUGGAGGACCAGAAGCACAACUUGGAAGUGUGUCUGGUGGAUGCCACACAGCAGAUUCAGGAGCUCAAGGCUAAGCUGGGAGGCUCAGAGGGCAAAGUGAGAGCCUUGGAAAACCAACUGGCCCAGUUGGAAGGUAACAAGAGAGAAGUGGAACAGAAACUCAGUAGCGUAGUGAUGACUUUGAGGAGGAUAGCCGGUGUACAACUUGACGGCACUGUCACAAUGCCCUAUAGGCUUAUGAGUCCAUCUAGACGUUGGAGUCCAGCUAGAUCUCACGAUGACUCCAGAGACCUCAUCGUCGAUGUCGAUCCGGAAGUUGUCAGAAAAGGUGUGAGGAACUUGAUGCAACAGGUGGCUCACAUUGAACGAGAGAGGGACGAUUACAAGAACCAAGUGGACAACGUCAAGAAACAACUCAAGGAAGUCAGCGAUAGCCAAUCCAAGGGCGACAGCAAAUUGACCAAGAUAACUCAGAACAUGAGGAGUCUUCAAGAGGAGAAGGGCAGCUUGGAGACCAGGCUCGGGCAGAAAACGGUCGAGUUACAGUCUCAGACUGAAGCGUUGAAUAAAAAAACGGUGGAACUGAAGACGAUGAGAGAGAAGAUAGUUUCUUUGGAGCUGUCUGUAGGUAGUGGUCAAGCGGAGAAGCAACAAUACGAGGAGAAACUGGAGAAAAUGAAGCUCGCUCUCUCUCGUCUCGAGUCUGAGAAGAGAGGGCUACAAGACGAACUGACGAGGCUCGAGAACCGAUCCACGAAACUGGAACUGCAGAGGAUGUCGGCCGAUGGGGACCUACAACGGCUUCAGAUGAUGCUGCAAGAAAAAGAAGUGGCGAUUCAGAAAUUACAAGAAAAAUGCGAGUCUCAAGGCAGAGCCAUGGCCAGCUUGGAAGAAAGGUGCGUGUCGUUAAAAUCGACGAUAGACCAGCUGAACCUGUCCUUGGAGAGGGCGGCCAACAGCGAGUCAGAAACCAAAGCAGAGAUUCAAAAGUUGCAGAGGGACCUUUUGGAGGCUACUACCAGUUCGCAGACCGGUUCCGAGAAGCUCAAACAGUUCCAAAAAUCAUUGAGCACCUGCGAGAACGAAAGACGCCUGAUCAACGAACGCUUUGAGGUUACCCAACAAAACCUCGCCGAACUGAGAAGGAACAACCAAAUCCUCCAGGACCAAGUGUCCAGACUGAACCAAGAAUUGGCCAAUAACGAAGUCGUCAAAUCCAGCCUGGAGUCCCAGCUCAGGUUGGCUCAAUGGCCUUCUGAGACCGUUGGAGGCGGUAAAGAGGAAGAAGAACUCCACAGGCAGCUGCAGACCUGCCAGAAAGAAAGGAAUGAGUACAGGGCAAAGCUGGACAGCUUGUCCUCGAAAAUGAGGCAUCUGGAGAACGAGAAUCGCAACCUGGAGAGAUCGAGCCUGUCCAAGUCGUUGGCCAGGACCAAGUCCUACGAGCUGCCGAUGGAGAAGUACCAGAUGGACAGCCAGCACAGCGAGACGGAGAAAGAUAAGCACGAGCUAGAGAACAGGGAGCUGAGAUCGAAGAUUGCCAGGCUGGAGUCGGAGCUGACCGAAAAGGAGCUGGAGUUGAGCAGGUUGCGCAGCUUGCAGAGGUCUAGUCUGGACGGGAAGUUCGACAGGGCUGAGAUCGAGAGAUACAGGGCGGCUCAAUUGCAGGCUGAGAGGCUGUUGGAGGCCAGGGAGCAGAGUUACAGGCAACAGGUGGCCAGGUUGGAGAACCAGGUCAGCCUACUGAGGGACCAGCUGAACCAAGAGGUGAAACGCAGGCAGCAGUACGUGCUGCGAAGUACGCAGGCGGGCCGCGAGAUGGCGCAACUCAGGCAAACCUUGGGGGACAGCUUGAAGACCGUGGCGCAAGACCCCUCCCUCGAUUCCCUCCUCCUAGAACACGAGACCAAGAGGUUGGACCACUCCAUAGCAGCGACCAGUCUACCUCCUUCCUUAGCACUGCCGACCUCUUCUUCCAGCGCCUACUUGAGGUCGCUAACACCGCAGCCAAAAUAGAAUUAGGUCUUCAAUGUGAUAAUUCUACCGCCAGGAAGUGACUUUGGGAGGGUGGGGGUACCGUAAAGGGAGUGUGGGGGGACUUUGGGUAGUUUGAUAUUGUACUAGUGUUGUUUGAUCACUGCCAUUUCUGUUGGUAGGAAACCUAGGUUUUUUGUACGAAAAAUAUUAAAAAAGGUUUUUUGUAAUUGGACACGAUGAGCACCCCUGGAAAGGUUUGUACUUAGGAACAAUUUUUCACUUUUAUAAUUUUCUAGUCACCAUGAAGUGUUGGGUAUCACCGCGUGGACAGAGUUUUCGAAUCGAAGGAAAAACAUUUAUUUUUUUUUUUCAGCAUUAUGUUUUACUGAUUUUUUCUUGGUAUACAUGAAAGCCGGUUUGGCCCUGUAUAUGUCGAAUUAAAAUCUAUGAUUGUUUCAGAUGAUUUAA